AUGAUCCCUUCUGGACUCACUGCGUCAGCUGCAGUAUUGACUCCGCUUCUGGUCCUCAUCGCCGUUAUCCUUCGGCUAACGCGCGUGAGAUUGAUAAGGGGAAAGGCCAUCAUCAUAUCUCCAGGAGCCCAGGGCGGCGAAUUCUACCAUCAUUCAUUUUGUUGGACUAGCGAUAUGGGACUCUUCACCUCUACAAGUUAUAACCAAACACCUUUAGCCUCGCCUUCGGUGUCUAAUGAUCUGACUGAUGAAGCUGAAAGUCAGACGACCCAUUGCAUUUUGGUUGAUAUUUUGAUCAAUUAUUACAUGACAUCGAAACAGCUCAAUGCAGAACUUCGGCGUGUGUCCACAUGGUACCUGAAUUUGCACACUACGACUGCCAACGGCGACUUAUAUCCUGCUAGGAGCCGACCUGUUGGCCGUCAAAUGCCGAACCCGGAGGCGGACGCCAUCUGGGACGAGUGGGAAGUCACUCGAGUUUUCCCUAUUCAUGCCGACGAGGUGCGCCGCCUGGGCAAAGACUUGGAAACCGCCGUACUUCUCGAGGACAAGUACUAUGGCCGAGGUGACGAUAUAUACGCUGCAACGCUAGACAUUUAUCACCAGCUGCACUGUCUGAAUCAGCUUCGUUGGAUUGCAUACGGGACCUACUACAAUAUAUCCAUGCUCAGCCCAUCUGAAGAAGGAUUUAGGGAGGUUCACAUCAACCACUGCGUGGAUAUGCUUGCUCAGACCAUCCAGUACACCGGCAAUCUGAACCUGAUCACCAUGUAUUGGACAGAAACAAAAUCAUUUCCAUUUCCGGAUAUGAGCAUUAAUCAUAAAUGUGUUGAUUUCGAUGCCCUGACUGAGUGGUGUAGACGAAACACGAUCGACAUGGAUGUGUGGUCCCACCGCACCGCGAACAUAUUGUUACGGCCUCAGGGAUCGGUUUUAAGACCUGCUCCAGAUGCGGAGUACAUAAAAACGUCUGGCGAUGCUCACUGA